AAAUAUGGAAUGCUUAUACUGUCGAACAAAAACAUCAAAUUACUAAUUUAUUCGAUACGACUACUGUUCUAAACGUUGGAAAAAAUGGAAUACCAAUUGUAGUGAAAUCACAUUUAACUAAUGAGUGUUCCA